AUGGCGUCGAUUGAGAUCCAGAAAGUCAACGGUUCUCUCAUCCUCGCUGGUCCCACUGUUGACAAAAUUGCAACCGAAGCUCUCGGCGCAACGUCCCCCGACGCAUUCAUCAUAGAAGUGUUGUCCAGUGAUGAACUGAGCAAAAUACCGCUGAACCAACUCCACCAGGCCACUACGACAAUGAACACCACAAAGAUUAUGGGUCUCGGUGUUGGAGGAGAUGAUUCUGGAGUACGCUUCGUUGUCAUCAUUUGGGCCACCGGCCAGCUUUUCCGCAAGGCACUCGGUUUCCCUCCCAAACAUUUCCACAUCCUGCUCUCGGGACGCGACGAUCCCCGAUUGGACAAAGGCCCAGCUUCCUUGCUUCCUGGACAGUUUCCGCAAUCACCGUCAAGCGACCUCCUCGACCAUCUAGCAUUCACAGUACAUUCAUUUGGGGACUACUCCCGCGCCAAGUCGUAUGGCUCAGACCUGGUCAGUGCGGACCCGGAGUCCCAUCGUGGAUUUCUUAGGCUUGCAGACGCGUCGCUGGCACUUGAUGAGUAUAAACUCGCAAUGUUGUCGUUUGCUUGCGUAUUAGAGCGCUCCAACGACACUCGCGUGGAGGAAUACUGUCUCAAAAAGUUACUUGAAUGUGCGCAACACACCGAGUGGGGCUCUGUCAUGCGAGAGGCCGAGCUACCGCAGAUUCCGGAUCAGCUUUCUGUCCUUCUCCUUGCGCCAUGGUCAGCCUCUCUUCGAAGUAGAAUAACUGAACUGGAAUUUGUCCCGACCCUCCAGCUCGAAUCUCGCCUCCCACUAUACCUCCCAGCCUCUCGGAAGCCUUUCAAACUACCCCGCUGGUUCCGCUGGCUAGUUCCAUACCAUCUCGCAAUCAUGUCAACCCCCAAGAACGAAGAGGACAUCGCGAUGCUUGCGGGACCGCACCUUGGCAUUCGUCAUGUCCUCACGCUCACCGAAGAAGAACCGUUGCCAAAGAAAUGGUUCCAUGGGAAGCCGAUCACCAACACUUUCUUGCCAAUCCCAAACUUCUAUCCGCCAUCGCUCGAACAAAUGGACUUGAUAUUGUCUCUAUUCGACGACGAAUCGAAACUACCCCUGCUCGUUCAUUGCGGGGGUGGGAAAGGUCGAGCGGGCACUGUUGCUGCUUGCUACCUCGCUGCAUAUGGUUUCCGUCGACCGUCAGGAGCCCACCAAACACAACCAGCGAUGUCAGCGCCUGAUGCAAUAGCCAGUCUCCGUCUCCUUCGUCCCGGCAGUCUCGAAACCUCCCGCCAAGAAGCUUUUGUUUCUGCCUGGUGCAGUGCUAUAUGGAAACGCCAAUCUGUCCGUAUAGAUCUUCCCGUGGAACCACCGUCAUCGCCUAUUGAAAUCGAGGGCGUGCUUGAGCUGUCCAAUAUUGACUUGCUUGUCCUUGUCGGUCUACCAGGCUCUGGGAAAUCAUGGUUUUCGCAGGCGUUGAUCGCACGUGACCCCAAAGCAUGGCGACGUAUCUCUCAGGAUGAGGCAGGCAGUCGGGCAUCUUGUGAGAGUGAGAUCGGGCUUAAGGGUGUGGAAGCAAAAACGUUACUGGAUCGAUGUAAUGCCGCUGCAACGGAUCGUAAAGGCUGGUUGCAGUUGGCUGCCAACUGGGCAACCGCUCCAGUUUGCGUCUGGUUUGACUAUGACAAGGCAUUAUGCGAGUCUCGGGCUCAAAUGCGUGCUGGGCACCCUACACUUCCUCCGGGAAGUCGCGUCCGCAAUGCUGUCACCCAAAUGCACGAUAUCUUCGUUCGCCCAACCUUGCAAGAAGGUUUCAAAGCCGUCAUUCAUAUCAAGUCGUUUUCGGCAGCCGAAGAGCUUGUCGGACGUCUUUCCCCACCUGUUGGGGUCUGCAAAUUUCCUCGAACGACUCAUCUCAUCAAUCUUGGCGCGGCCACAGCAGACGACGAGGUGCUUCCCAGCUAUGCGCCCUCUUCCAACACAGCACACGUCGUAAUCACCGAAAAGGUUGACGGCGCCAACAUGGGCUUCUGGUUGGACCCGAGCACAAAGCAGCUCCGCAUCCAAAAUCGCUCCCAUUUCGUAAAUCCAAUGUCGCAUGCCCAGUUCAAGCCGCUGGGAAAGUGGAUUGCAGACCACGAAGCAGAACUAGUGCAGCUACUGAAUCGGGACCCGCACUUUGCCAGCAGGUAUAUCUUGUACGGCGAGUGGCUUGCGGCAACACAUUCGAUCGCGUAUGCUCGUCUGCCUGACCGCUUUCUGGCAUUUGACUUUUAUGACCGGAGUACGGGCCGGUGGGCCGACCGACGGACUCUCGAAGGGUUGCUGAGUCUGACAUCGAUUCAGAUGGUGCCAAUAAUAUAUCAAGGUCCACCAGUAAGUGAGACCGAGCUGAAGGCAAUGGUUCAGCUACCCUCGCGCUAUUAUGACGGACGAGUGGAAGGCGUGUAUGUCAAGGAGGAGAGUUUAGAUGAUGCCAUAGUUUUGCGGAGAGGCAAGGUUGUGCGGGCUGACUUCAUUGCGGGGAAUGAGCACUGGACCAAGGGCAUCUUACGCUUCAAUGAGCUUGCCCUUGAAGGUUAG